GAGCGUUGGAUUGUGGAACUGUUCUGUGAGAGCGGACUGAGUUGGGGACAAGGGCCGAUUCCAGUUUGUCAGAAGGACUGUUGCAGUUUAGGAUAAAAAGACCAAGCGAAUAGCUUAUAUUGUGUCUAAUCGCUGAGAUUGGAGAUAUUCUUGCUUUUGGGAAGUUUUAUUUUCUAAUUAGUUCCGAAAGCACCCGAAUUCAACAUGUCUGAGUCAACGGCUGAACUUAGGAAAAAGCGUCCCCCAACUGUGAGCACUCACACCACUGUCAUUAACCGAGUCUCCGGGGGAGGGAUGGGUAUGUCCGCCCGUAACUCCGCGGGAGGGGGAUUCAAGUCGUCCUUCAAUAUGAUGGGAGGAGCUUCUUCAAACUUACAGCUAGGAGCCGCCAAACAAAUGUCGUCAUCAGGAGUUAACAUGGUUAUAGACGCCCGGGCCAAGGAAAAAACCGCAAUCCAAGAUUUGAACAGGAAGUUGGGCAAGCAUAUAGAAACCAGUAAGUUUCUGGAAGCCCAGAAUAAGGCGCUUGUUAUCGAGUUAGAGGCAGAACGUAAGAAGAAGAUUUUCGAUGGCUCUUCUAUAAAAGAAUUGUACCAACAAGAAUUGGAUGAGUGCAGAAAGGUUAUUGCCGACGUAGAAACUGAAAAGGCCCGUUUAGCUCCUAGAAUAGCCACUUUAGAGGAUGUGGUAGACGAUGAGGAGAAAAGGAAUGAAACCCUUGAAGGCGAAAUAGCAGCUCGUAUUAAGCAGAUCGAGCGUUUGAAUACCCAAGUGGGUGAUAUGGAAGGAGAAAACGGCACCCUCAGACGUACAGUUGGUACGCAGGAAGAUGAAAUUAAACGUCUAAAGAUGAACAUACAAGACCACAAACAGAACCUGGACGACGCCCGAAAGAACUUGGAGGAAGAGUGCAGGCUGCGAAUUGAGGCGGAGUUAGAUAGAAACCUAGCGGUUGAAGAGCGAGACUUCCUUAUUGGUUGUUUAACUAAGGAGAAUGAAGAGCUGAAAAAACUUAUAAAUACAGAUGUCGGUCAGCUUGACAUCAAAAAUCUGUGGAAGGGGGAGAUUACCUCAUGCAUCAAACAGCUGCAGGAAGACAACGAUAUCGAGCUGGCAAGAAUCAAACAGGAUUUCGCGGCUAGAUAUGAUUCACAGAUGCAACAGAUUAACGCUGGUCAGAUGAAGGACAACGCCAACAUUGUUAAGCUCGAGUCGGAGAUCUCAAGGCUGAAGAACAAACAUGUCGAUCAAGGACCCCUCAUCGCGGACUUGAAUGCAAAAUUGAACGCUUUGAAAAUGGAAAACGAAAAACUGUCUGAUGAAAUGUCAGAAGCGCGUGAAAGGUAUGAGCAAGACAGGUGUGACCAUAUGGCCACUAUUGAAUCCCUUACCUGUGAGAUGACUGAUCUUCUAAACAGGUUCCGUGAACUUCAGGAUCAAAAGUUGAGCCUGGAGACAGAGAUCGCUACAUACAGGAGAUUGUUGGAAGGCGAGGAAGACAGCAUGGAGCGAUUCGUUUCUGAUUCAUCCGGCGCUCGAAGCAGGGGAGCAGACAGUUUGAAUGACCUUGUCCAAACUAGCAGCAACUGGGGGCACUUUAGCCAAAGCACUUCCAGCAGUAUUGGCGGAGGUGGAAGUGGAAUGGGUGGAGGCAGUGGAUUUGGUGGAAGCGGAAUGGGCGGAGGCAGUGGAUAUGGUGGAGGCAGUGGAUAUGGUGAAGGCAGUGGAUUUGAGGAAGGUGGUCAAUUCGUACAGAGCUCAGGCAUGGGUGGUGGUAGCCAGUUCAGCAGUUCCUCCGAGGGUAAAGUGUUCAUCAAGAAGAAGGCAACAGGACACCUCUGUAUCGAAGAAGCUCAGGGCAGUGGCCAUUUUGUUACGCUUGCCUACGGUACAAAGGAAAAGAAGCCAUCAGGGCCUAUGAACCUGCUCGGAUGGAAGGUAUGCCGACAGAUGGAAGGCGACACUGCCUACUACGCAGUGUAUGAAUUCACAUCCGAUUAUACCCUGCAGCCAGGUGGAAAAAUGAAGAUAUUCGGGUCGAAUUACAAGAAUGAGUCUAGCAAGAGGAAAGAAGACCUUGUUGCAAAUUUCCCAACCUGGAGCAGUGGAGGCGGUAGAUUCUCACUGUUAGACCCAUCUAAGGCCGAGAAAGGCUUUCUUACCAUCGAGUUUAGAUAGACAGUACGACCUGAUCACAAGGCAACAUUGGUAAAGUGUCCGAGUCAUCGACGAAUGGAAUCCUCGAUUUUUCUUGUGUAAUGAAGAGACUCAACUUUCGGUGCUGACCGCUUGACCCACGUUGCCGAUUCGCGCCAUAGUGUACACGUUUUUCAUAUAUUGCUUUAUAUGCUUUUUAAUGGCUUGACGCCAGUUAAUGUACUCAUGUGGUGUUUCAAAGCGGUCAUCGUGUGAACAUGUUUGGUUGGAUUGAAGCACAUGACGUCAUCAGACAUCGAAUCCAAUGUUUCAAUUAGUGAAUGUGAAAUACAAAUGUGGAAAUGAAUCACCAGGAAUGAUAAUUUUAUGGAAUGUGUAAUUCAAUAAAUAUCUUACAUGUCACAUUUUUCAUAAAGUGAGCGUUUUAAAAAAACAUCCAUUUCAAUCAUAUUAUUUAGACGUAGUUUAGUUCAAGAAUUCCUUUUAUAUACUGAUUUUUUUUUGUAUGGUAGUUUGAAAAUUGAAAAGCGUUGUAAAUACAUUGAUAUACUUUUGUUGAUGAGCUCUUACUGACGGUUGUGAUUAAGUAUAGUUUACAUGCCUAAAUAUUAUUGGACCAAUAUCCAAUUUGGAAGGUGAAAAAUAGAGGUUGUGAGCUUCUGACAUUCCUUAAAUGAGUAACAACGAAAUGACUUACCCUCUAACAUAUAUGCAAUGCGUAGAGAUUCUGUAAGCAAACUAAGAAUAAUUGUCAAUUUUAACAGAGACGAUAAAAAAAUUGUUGAAAGAAUAUCCGCAAAUAAAUGAAUGCCAUUUGAUAUUUAAACCACGAAAUUUUGUAUGUAUUUGUUGACACUUAUGUUAAGUUUAUUCACAAAUUAAAUAUAAGGGUAAGUAUUUGUUAAAUGGAGAGUGAGUUUCCCAGGAUGACAAUUUCCUUGUAAAUACUCCGUUGUAGUUUGUUAAUUUCAUGUUGUCAAUCAAAUAUUGUGAUGACAGAGGCGAUCGACAAACGUACACUCUGUAGCAAUACCAGUGUGAUGCUGAGGGAACAGUAUCUUUGUCACAAAGACUUUGCGAAAUCAAAAGUUUAAAUUUAAGUGGCUUCCACUAACAUAAGACAACAUUAUCUGAACUGCUUUGACAAAUACAGUUUCCUUUGCAGGUAUACUUACUGUAAGUGCAUAUUAUAUUUUAAUAAAUUUUAUUAAGCGUUAAAA